UCGCCAGCUCCGGCGCUGACGGGUGUGGACCCCGGACGUCGCUGGGACUCCUCCCGCGCUCGGCGGCGGCACCGGCCCGUCCGCUCCCCUCCCGCCUCCGCCUCCGCUUCGGACCCCGGUGACCACGCGCCGCACUUCAUCCCAGUCCCGGGCGAGCAGCGUUGGGUUUAUGUCUUUAUUUGACGAAAACGAGCUGUUGCGCAGCCACUGGUACCUGUAUUGGGGAAACAUAGCAUACAAGCAAGAAGCUUACAGCCUCAGUGGCGAAAAUUUUUUCAUGUCAGAGACCGAGAACUCUUGCAGUCGUUUAUGUCAUCCCUUCUUCUCCAGACAGAAGAUACCAAAAAGUUGCAAUCAAAGAUCUCUUCAUCUUAUUGAUAAAGCCACUAAUAAGCCAAAAUGUCUGUCAACGUCAACCGCAGCGUGUCAGACCAGUUCUAUCGCUACAAGAUGCCCCGUCUGAUUGCCAAGGUUGAGGGCAAAGGAAAUGGAAUCAAGACAGUUAUAGUCAACAUGGUUGACGUUGCAAAGGCGCUUAAUCGGCCUCCAACGUAUCCCACCAAAUAUUUUGGUUGUGAGCUGGGAGCACAGACCCAGUUUGAUGUUAAGAAUGACCGUUACAUUGUCAAUGGAUCUCAUGAGGCGAAUAAGCUGCAAGACAUGUUGGAUGGAUUCAUCAAAAAAUUUGUUCUCUGUCCCGAGUGUGAGAAUCCUGAAACAGAUCUGCAUGUCAAUCCAAAGAAGCAAACAAUAGGUAAUUCUUGUAAAGCCUGUGGCUAUCGAGGCAUGCUGGACACACACCAUAAACUGUGCACGUUCAUUCUCAAAAACCCACCUGAGAAUAGUGACAGUGGUACAGGAAAGAAAGAAAAGGAAAAGAAAAACAGAAAGGGCAAAGACAAGGAAAAUGGCUCCAUGUCAAGCAGUGAGACACCACCACCCCCACCUCCGAAUGAAAUCAGUCCUCCUCCCCAUGCUGUGGAGGAGGAGGAGGAUGAUGAUUGGGGUGAGGAUACAACCGAGGAAGCUCAGAGACGCAGAAUGGAUGAAAUCAGUGACCAUGCGAAAGUUCUGACCCUCAGCGAUGACUUGGAGAGGACUGUUGAAGAGCGCGUCAAUAUCCUGUUUGAUUUCGUUAAGAAGAAGAAAGAUGAGGGUGUUAUCGAUUCGUCUGACAAAGAGAUUGUUGCUGAAGCAGAAAGGCUGGAUGUCAAAGCCAUGGGCCCUCUUGUUUUGACUGAAGUUCUUUUUAAUGAGAAGAUUAGGGAACAAAUCAAGAAAUACAGGCGCCAUUUCCUACGAUUUUGUCACAACAACAAAAAAGCUCAGCGGUACCUUCUUCAUGGUUUGGAGUGUGUGGUGGCAAUGCAUCAAGCUCAGCUCAUUUCCAAGAUUCCACAUAUUUUGAAGGAGAUGUAUGAUGCAGACCUUUUGGAGGAGGAGGUUAUCAUCAGCUGGUCAGAAAAGGCCUCUAAGAAGUAUGUCUCAAAAGAACUUGCCAAAGAGAUUCGUGUCAAAGCAGAGCCGUUUAUAAAAUGGUUGAAGGAGGCAGAGGAGGAAUCUUCUGGUGGUGAAGAAGAAGACGAAGAUGAGAAUAUUGAGGUGGUGUAUUCAAAGACUGCCAGUGUUCCUAAGGUUGAAACUGUGAAGUCUGACAACAAGGAUGACGACAUUGAUAUUGAUGCCAUUUAAAGUGAUGGAUGCAACCUAGCUUAACAGUGUAAUGCUGCAAAAUUUUCUGCAUUAUCAGCCAGAAGUGCAACAUGUAUGUGCCAAAGCUGCAAUGGCUUAACAUCAUGCUACACUUUAUACUAAAAACGUUAUACUGUGAGUGGUCUGUAAUUAGCCCAAUGUGACAUCUAAGGAGUCCAUACACAUCCAGGAGCAGAUGUAGUUUGCUUAUUUAUAGCAUGUUUCUUCCUGAAAAUCUAAUGGUGGACCCAUUUGGAUCAUCACAUUUAUACAGUUAUAAAAAUAAAGAUUUGUUUUUGGUCAUUCUUCAGAUUUUUGGCUCUGAAUGACUUAAGCUGAAAUAAUUGGCUCCUUUUUAAAAUGUUGCACCAUCGUUUAACCUGAAAGGAUUUUUGGAGCCUAUUAGAUGUUGUUAGGUGCUGAGACUAGAAAGAACUCAUCAGCAGAAUGUAAACCUAAAUUUAUUUGUAAGUAAAUCAUCUUAUUCAGCUAUUAAGAAAUUUAGUACCUUUAAGUUUUCUCUGGUCUCUCAAGUUGGAAUCUGGUACAUUGUUCCCACGCUGAGGGGGACUGAUAAUCAAAGGACAGUGCAGCGCCAUCUUUAUUUUACUAAGAGGUAAAAAUGACCCGAGUGUCCUAUAAAUAACUGUAAGAGUAGGUUUGAAACUUGAGUUGUGGUUCUUUUUUGUUUCAGUUCGUGUACACUUGCCCCAAAUUUUAGUCUUUGAAGUCAUGUGCAUUGCAUGUUGGAUGAGCCGGGGAAAUGAUCACAUUAACAAAUAAGCAUUUUGUUUGUGUAGCUGUUGCUUCGUACUGAGAAAGAAAAUCAGACUUUGGAGUGUGAUUAAAUAGCAAGCUCUACGAUAUUAUUUGGGGAAGCUGAAAAAGGUGCACUUAAUAUCUGACAAAACCAGUAUAAUUUUUUUCAGGUUUUGCCAUUAUGGUUUAGAUUACAAUUUCAAACUAUUUAGGCAUAACGGUAUCUUGUUGAGUGUGUU